GUUCGACAAGGAUGCUGUCGCGACGAGGAGCAACGACCGGAUGGCGAGCCGCGCUAGUGUGCAUGCACGCCCGAUAUCUGUCGUCACAAGACACCAUCUACGCUCUAUCGUCGGCUGAAGGCCGAUCGGGUGUUGCGGUUGUUCGUAUCUCUGGCCCCAUGGCAGACCAAUGCUUGCUUCAAAUGACGUCGAAGCAAUUGCCGCCUCCACGAACAGCUACCCGACGGGACAUCACACAUCCAUCAACGAAGGAGCUUUUGGACACUGCGAUAGCAAUUCGUUUCCCUGGGCCUAAGAGUUUCACAGGAGAAGACAGCGUCGAACUGUACCUGCAUGGAAGUCGGCCGGUGAUCUCGGGCGUGCUGCAAGCCCUUGGCACACUCCCUACCUAUCGCGCGGCCGAGGCGGGCGAAUUCACGGAGCGAGCAUUUGAAAACCAAAAGAUGGACCUGAUGCAGGUCGAAGGUCUCGCAGAUCUCUUGCACGCUGAAACGGAAGCGCAACGAUCUCAAGCGUUAGCUCAAAUGUCUGGCACGAUUGGCCAAGUGUACGAUGCAUGGCGGCACACCAUUAUGCGGUGUUUGGCACACUCGGAAGCACUCAUUGAUUUCGGCGAAGAUGAAGAUGACGUGACGGAUGAAGCUUACGAAGCUGUGAUUCAAACCGUACGUGAUUUGAAGACGUCCAUCGAACGGCAUCUUCAAGACGGUCGUCGCGGCGAAAUCCUUCGCCAUGGCGUCCACGUGGCCAUUCUCGGCUCCCCCAACGCUGGCAAAUCCACUCUGCUAAACCUUCUCGCCCAACGCGAUGCUGCCAUUGUGUCACCUAUAGCAGGGACGACGCGAGAUGUCGUUCAAGUGCCACUUAAUUUGGCUGGGUACCCCGUCGUGCUCCACGACACAGCCGGUAUCCGUGACACCACCGACGUGAUUGAGCGGGAGGGCGUUCAUCGCGCUCUUCGAUGUAACGACGAGUCGCAACUGAAACUUGUGGUCGUGGAUGUCCAGGACGGGGCAGUCGACCCAGCUCUCAUCUCUCUCAUCGACCCUUCGACGAUUGUCGUGCUCAACAAGAUCGACGCAACGCCCCCGUCCACAGCCCUCUUGGAUGCGGUGGCCCAUGCCCCAGUCGUGUGUGCGGUGUCCUGCGCGACCGGCGACGGGGUUGACGAGUUUCUGAUGACCCUGCAGCAGCGCGUGCGAGGAGUAUUUGGCACUGAUCGCAACGACAAUAAUGCAAGUAGUAAUGUGAUUAUCACGCGAGAGCGGCACAGGCAGCAUCUCCAAGCAAGCGUCGCCCACUUGGGCGCGUUUCUAGCCCAUCCCUAUCAGGCGGAGCUGGCCGCUGAAGACUUGCGCCACGCGGUGACGUGCAUGGGACGGAUUGUCGGUCGUGUCGACGUCGAAGACAUUUUGGAUGUCCUUUUUGCAGACUUUUGCAUUGGCAAGUAACUCUGAAUUUCUGGAAUCGCACUUCAUGUUGGUCGUCUUGCUACCGUCUCUCAAGCGAAUUGCGUCUUGUGCGGUUCACGACAUGGAGGGGCUCGGCAACUCGUCUUAGCAGACUCAUCUUGACCGUGGAUAUUUGUUUGAAUUGUCCGUCAUCGUCAGCUUUGAUGCCGACGAGAGCGAAGCAGGACGUUUGUGGCCAAGCGGCGGAUUUUCCUCACUGUAUGAAUGCCAUCACAACCAUCUUUCC